AUGGCCACCGUUUUCGUGGGACCAGGGAAGGUCAAGUUCCUGGUCCACCAGCUGAUAAUUUGUCGCUUCAGCGCCUUCCUCCGUGAUGCGUUCGCCAAAGCGACCGGCACUGAUUCCAUCACGCUCCGUACGUCGAACAACGUUCCAUACAACCCCGUUGCAUUGGACUGCAUCAGGCAGCUAACAGAUAACAAGCCGACGCUGAGCCCAAGACUUUCAGCCUAUGCGUCAAUUGGGCCUACCUUGCCACAUAUUUCUUUCCCAAGCUCGAUUGCCUCACAGGCGCCCUGGUUUGCGUCAUUCUUCGACCUCGUGAAGCUCUAUGUUUUCGCCCAGACAUGCGAAAUACAGGCUGUGCGGGACUCGAUCGUUUCCACCAUCUAUGCUCAACUUUCCGAUGACCGCGAGGUCUGGGCCACUUUGGGCUCAGACACCGCCCUACUGGAGUACCUAGUUGGCCACGUCGGCACCGGCGCUCGCCUGUACACCCUCGUCACUCGCGCAUUGGCCUACCGCAUGUUCCCUGUGGUGACCUCGCAGCAAAAAGUUAGCGUGCCGUUCGUCGAUGGAAACCGAAUCGUUCCUUCCCCUGGAAGAGCUCUCGGUAUCUUUCCACAGAUGCCACAGAUGCUCAUCCUCCAUGACCUGGCCAAGAUGCAGCCAAACCACAGAAAGAUCAUGGACGCCUGUGGGAGUGGAGUAUCGGAGGAGGUUGACAUGGACGAGAUCUUGGACGCUGUACCCGCCGCUCUUCUGCACGACAUUCUCAAGGGGUACUUCCGCAAGAAGUCCCGCGGCUGGUCGGCCAGCACGGGCUUCAAGGCAUGCGUAGGAACAGACUCCGAGUUUCACCUGCCACGUCCCGAUCUCUGGUUGUCAUUGCAGACGGUGCUCGCACUGAUGAAGCGCCCAAAGCCAAUACGGAGGGUGGUAUCAGGCUUUUGUUGA